GGAAGCCGCCGGAGCGGCAGCUGUGGUGCCCCGUGCAGCGAGGGGGGAGCGGCAGCCGCACGCAGCGGGCCUGCAGCAGGGGGGCCGCGGAGAGCAGGAUGGCGCUGGAUUUCCUAGCGGGAUGCGUUGGCGGUGCUGCUGGGGUGCUAGUAGGACAUCCAUUUGACACUGUUAAGGUGCGUCUUCAAGUACAAAGUGUAGAGAAACCUCUCUACCGUGGGACCUACCAUUGCUUUCAGUCUAUCAUAAAGCAUGAAUCAGCGUUUGGACUUUAUAAAGGUAUUGGGUCACCAAUGAUGGGACUUACCUUCAUUAACGCACUUGUGUUUGGCGUUCAGGGAAACACAAUUCGUGCUCUCGGAAAAGACACUCCUCUAAACCAGUUUCUUGCAGGUUCGGCAGCAGGAGCCAUUCAGUGUGUGAUCUGCUGCCCUAUGGAGUUAGCUAAGACAAGAAUGCAACUUCAGGGAACAGGUGAAUACAAUCUAAAGUCAAAGAAUUACAAGAAUUCUCUAGAUUGCUUGCUUAAAAUCUACCAAAAGGAAGGUUUGAGAGGUAUCAACAGGGGCAUGGUGUCCACAUUCCUAAGAGAGACCCCGAGCUUUGGCUUUUACUUCCUGACAUACGACUCUUUGACCAGAUACUUAGGCUGUGAAGUGGAGGACAGUUACAUCAUCCCCAAAUUGCUGUUGGCUGGAGGCAUGUCAGGAAUUGUAUCCUGGCUGUCUACCUAUCCUGUGGAUGUGAUCAAGUCCCGGCUUCAGGCAGAUGGAGUCAGAGGAGUUGUUCAAUACAAUGGAAUUCUGGACUGCGUUAGAAAGAGUUACCAUGAGGAAGGUUGGAAGGUGUUUACAAGAGGUCUUACUUCUACACUUCUCCGAGCUUUCCCUGUCAAUGCAGCUACUUUUGCCACUGUCACGGUGUUUCUUAUGUAUAUGAGGUCAGAGGAGAAUCUACGUGAAUGUGAGGCAGGUCCAGCAAUCCAGCAGCCUUCAAGCUUGUGAAUUCAUUGUUCAGUGAUUUAACACAUCUGUUACAUGUUUAUUUUCUGGAGUUAAUUUUACAGGGCUUAUUUUUGUAAACAUUUUAUCUAUAGAAAUUGUGUAAAUAAAUUUUAUCUGUGUAAAGGCUGUUACUUAGAAUUUCAUCUCAUCACUCCUGUAAGCAGCUUAUUACCUUUAUAAUGAUCAAAAUGUGUUAAUCCAGGCAAUGUAGGGAUCUGACUUUAGAAACAUACUGUACAGACAGUGCUGCUAUAUCGCUACGUAUGGUCUGGAGAAUCUUGUAGUACCAGAAACCAAGUUUUCUUCCAAUCGUGUUUUGAAUGACCAAGUCGAUCACUUUGUUGAAUACAAAAGAACAUUUUUUGUAUUUGACAGGGACACCUGUAGCCUUCAUAGAAGUCAUGGUUUAUUAUGCUGGAGAUGUUACAGAGAUAAGGCUUAAAUGUUUAAGACAUGGAGUAGCCUUCAGCUAGCUGUAUUUCCCCCCCCCCCCCCUUGGCUUUUGUAAAUUUCAGUUUAGUUAUUUAAGUAGCCAGCCUAGUUUAUUAAAACUUGAUCUGUUCCAUAACUUCUCUCACUUCCUUCCUUCUAUACACACAUGUAUUUCUUUUUUCAUUGUACUUAAAAGGAGCAUUUGAAUCCCACCUACAUUUGUUUCUUUAAAUUGCAGAGUUAAGGAGACUCAAGGCAAGUGAGCUUGAUGGCAUGAUUUGCUUUUACCUUCAACUUUAUUCAUUUUUGUGUGUGCAUGGAAUGUGUUAACUAGCUUUAGUGCAAGCAACUUUCAUUCUUCUGGAGAGGUUUAUGUAAUUACAUGCCACUGCUGGCCAUUCUCAGAACAGGCGAUAUGGCACUCAGUGAUGUGUAAUACAAGGUCUAUUCUUUAUUACUGCUCAAAUUGUUACAUGUAUUAAACUGUUGGGUCAUCACUUUUAUAUAGUCUUUUUUUUUUUAAAUAUAUAGUGGUGAAAAUACACAGUGGCAUAGAGGUGGAGGUUCCAUAUCACACCAUGCAGUGAUGGAUAGGGGUGUUAUGCUGAAAUGCCUAAAAGGGGAUUAGGAUUUGAUGGUAUUAUAUUAAGUUCUUAUACUACACUGUCCUGAUUUACUUUGUGUGUUUGGAAUAAAGUCAUACUGAAAAGUGUUCUGGAGAACCUUUUGUAACAUUCACCAAGUGUUAUAUUUAUAGCAGUGUGCCCAAAAGGGGAUUGCUUUAAACAAAACUAUUCAUGUUGGAUAAUAACCACGAUUGCUUGGCACAAACAGAUGGAGGGGAAGCAUGUUAAAAGCAUCAAGCUUGCUCAGUGGAUGUUGAACAUGUUACACUUCUACUUGGGACAGGUGCAAUAUGUUUCUAUUUUUUAAGAAGAAACUUUCAGUUUAUAGCAUUUUGUACUGUAACAAAAUAUGCUGGAGAAACCUGUAAAACUGGUAUGUCUCUUUAUACCUUGGAGGUAUGUUGGAUGUUUUGGUGCCUACUUGCACUGAGAUUCAAACAAUGUGAAACAUGUCUAAGCUGUCUUUGCUUUGAAUUAUGCAUAUACAAUUUACACCUUUGUACAGUAUUCUGUAUUUACUGUAAUAAACUUAGGGAAUAAAAGUUUUUUAAAAUUUUGA